CUCGUCCAGAAUCGCUCGAGGGGGUCUGAUUCAGUGCGCAACAGUUGGGACAGGACUCUGACGCACUACAGUACCGCGAGGACGUUUUGAGUGUAGUAAUUAAUGUACAGCGUCUCACGUGUUUGACCUCUGAGUAUAAUUAUAAUUUAUGUUAGGUUUAAAUCAGUACAUGUGCCACAUUGAUAAAUUAAAACAUAUAGCUGUUUUGCAGAAGUGCAGCGUCUUCGUUCUCGAGGCAUCAAGAAAAUAUAAACAAGGCUGUCACGGAGCUCGCCAGGGACAUGGGCCAGCUUUGCGCUGCAACACUCUUACUAUUUGGUGCCAUCUGCGUUGUUUUUAUUUGGGAUUGUGGUGCCAGUUCUUUAAUAAAAUCAAGAUUUGCAGUGCUCACUUCAGGGGAGGAGUGUCCGGAAAACAAGGUAGUGACAGUGGAGUACCCCUGUAUUACAGCAAGGGGCACGGAUGGCACCUGUCUCAGGAGGAAAUGCUGUGAGGGCUUCAGGUUCGUGAUGGGCCAGUGCAUACCUGAAAAUGUGGAUGUGUGUUCUGGCUCCCCCUGUGAACAGCAGUGCACUGACAACUUUGGACGGGUUGUCUGCACCUGUUACCCCGGAUACCGCUUUGAUCGAGAGAGGCAUCGCAACCAGCAGACCUACUGUUUAGACAUCGAUGAGUGUGUGGAGUCUGACGGUAGUGUCUGUGAUCACAGCUGCGAGAACACCGUGGGCAGCUUCCUGUGUCGCUGUCACAGGGGUUACAUCCUGGCACCGGACAAGCACUCCUGUAUACCCAGUCACAACCUGAGCUCGUCAGGGAAGUCUGACACUCUGAUGAGUGCUGGCUCCUGCUCCCUCACCUGUCAAGACUUUGUCAACAUGAGGAACAGCCUGCUGCAGCUCAAACUGAGGCUGGGCAGCACUCAGUCACCUAACCAGGUGUUGUCUCCUGGCCUGUCUGACAACAGUGAUAAGCCGUCUGCUGGGAGGUUGGGGAAAGGUCAGGACACCCCCGCCCUCCCUGGUCCUCCUGGCUCUCCAGGAUCCCGUGGGGUCCCAGGCCAAUCAGGAGUGCCGGGGGAGAAGGGAGAGCCUGGAGAGAGAGGCCUGACCGGCCCCUUGGGGCCACGGGGAGACAUGGGCCCUAUGGGCCCCGAGCCUGACCUGGAGCACAUCAAGAGGGGUCGCAGAGGAGCUGUGGGACCUCCUGGCGCACCAGGCAGAGAUGGACUGAAGGGUGACAGGGGAACACCUGGUCCCAGAGGUCUACCAGGACCUCCCGGCUCCUUUGACUUCCUCCUGGUCAUGAUGGCCGACAUUCGCAUUGACAUCAUCGAGCUGCAGGAGCAAGUGUUUGGGAAGAGGCGGGGCCUCUCCUUAGACAACCCGCCCCACUCCAGCGGAGAGACAGGGUUCGGAGAGUGGAGCUCCGGACAAGGAGAGCUCAUGCUCAAUACCUGAACUCCAUAACCCUGCCCACGGCAACGGUCACUCAAAACGAUAAGCCAAAGGGAACUAAUUAAUCAACUGGCUCUUGUAAAGCAGAGACAUUGAACUGACUGAACUGACUCCUUUCCUCCAGUGAAACCUUGUCUCUAAAACCCAAAUAGGACUGUAUGAGUUGAGGAGACCUCUGAUCAGCUCUCUCCUGUCAGAGACCUAGACUAUAAACAAACGGAGAGAGAGAGAGAGGGGGGGAGAGAGAGAGAAUGGCAAAGAUGGAACCACUGACCGUCCAAACCAAACCACUGCAAGCUUUGCCUUGCCGCCUUGAUGUUUCCUUCGUGCCUGGUCUGGUCUGACCAGGUCUGACUGGUCUGAGGAGAGGGGGUAUGCCUUUGCGUGCAAGGCACAAGGGGGUGAUGGUUGUAGCCCUGUGCGACUGUGUCUUUUUGCGCUCUGAGCUGAACAGCUUCAAACACAGCAAGGGCUUUAUCGUCUGCAUCUCUUCCUGUUCCUGUCAAAUCUGUACAGUCCGAGGAGAGGAGACGCCGGUCGGUUGCUGCCUGACACUGAUUACCUGCCCUGCAGGGCCUAGAACCAGACUCAGGCCCCAGACUGCACCUGUUCAUGCAACAACCCAAAUCAACAGCUUUUAUACCGCUGCCACUACACUACAGACUCUCUGAAACAUCUUUAGAGAUACAGUACAUAUACUAUAUUAGCAAAACUAUGUGGAUACCUGCUCAUCCAACAUUUUUAUUUUUUCAUUUCACCUUUAUUUAACCAGGUAGGCUAGUUGAGAACAAGUUCUCAUUUACAACUGUGACCUGGCCAAGAUAAAGCAUAGCAGUAUGAACAGACAACAACACAGAGUUACUAAUGGAGUAAACAAUAAACAAGUCAAUAACACAGUAGAUUUUUUUUUUAAAGAGUCUAUAUUACAUUGUGUGCAAAAGGCAUGAGGAGGUAGGCGAAUAAUUACAAUUUAGCAGAUUAACACUGGAGUGAUAAAUGAUCAGAUGGUCAUGUGCAGGUAGAUAUACUGGUGUGCAAAAGAGCAGAAAAGUAAAUAAAUAAAAACAGUAUGGGGAUGAGGUAGGUAAAUUGGGUGGACUAUUUACCGAUGGACUAUGUACAGCUGCAGUGAUCGGUUAGCUGCUCAGAUAGCAGAUGUUUAAAGUUGGUGAGGGAGAUAAAAGUCUCCAACUUCAGCGAUUUUUGCAAUUCGUUCUAGUCACAGGCAGCAGAGAACUGGAAGGAAAGGCGGCCAAAUGAGGUGUUGGCUUUAGGGAUGAUCAGUGAGAUACACCUGCUGGAGCGCGUGCUACGGGUGGGUGUUGCCAUCGUGACCAGUGAACUGAGAUAUGGCGGAGCUUGACCUAGCAUGGACUUGUAGAUGACCUGGAGCCAAUGGGUCUGGCGACGAAUAUGUAGCGAGGACCAGCCAACUAGAGCAUGCAGGUCGCAGUGGUGGGUGGUAUAAGGUGCUUUAGUAACAAAACGGAUGGCACUGUGAUAAACUGCAUCCAGUUUGCUGAGUAGAGUAUUGGAAGCUAUUUUGUAGAUGAUGUCGCCGAAGUCGAGGAUCGGUAGGAUAGUCAGUUUUACUAGGGUAAGUUUGGCGGCGUGAGUGAAGGAGGCUUUGUUGCGGAAUAGAAAGCCGACUCUAGAUUUGAUUUUCGACUGGAGAUGUUUGAUAUGAGUCUGGAAGGAGAGUGUACAGUCUAGCCAGACACCUAGGUACUUAUAGAUGUCCACAUAUUCUAGGUCGGAACCAUCCAGGGUGGUGAUGCUGGUCGGGCGUGUGGGUGCAGGCAGCGAACGGUUGAAAAGCAUGCAUUUGGUUUUUACUAGCGUUUAAGAGCAGUUGGAGGCCACGGAAGGAGUGUUGUAUGGCAUUGAAGCUUGUUUGGAGUUUAGAUAGCACAGUGUCCAAGGAAGGGCCGGAAGUAUACAGAAUGGUGUCAUCUGCGUAGAGGUGAAUUAGUCGAUCGCCCGCAGCAAGAGCAACAUCAUUGAUAUAUACAGAGAAAAGAGUCGGCCCGAGAAUUGAACCCUGUGGCACCCCCAUAGAGACUGCCAGAGGACCGGACAACAUGCCCUCCGAUUUGACACACUGAACUCUGUCUGCAAAGUAGUUGGCGAACCAGGCAAGGCAGUCAUUAGAAAAACCGAGCCUACUGAGUCUGCCGAUAAGAAUAUGGUGAUUGACAGAGUCGAAAGCCUUGGCCAGGUCGAUGAAGACGGCUGCACAGUACUGUCUUUUAUCGAUGGCGGUUAUGAUAUCGUUUAGUAUCUUGAGCGUGGCUGAGGUGCACCCGUGACCGGCUCGGAAACCAGAUUGCACAGCGGAGGGAUUCGAGAUGGUCAGUGAUCUGUUUGUUGAAUAGGCUUUCGAAGACCUUAGAUAGGCAGGGCAGGAUGGAUAUAGGUCUGUAACAGUUUGGGUCCAGGGUGUCUCCCCGUUUGAAGAGCGGGAUGACUGCGGCAGCUUUCCAAUCCUUGGGGAUCUCAGACGAUAUGAAAGAGAGGUUGAACAGGCUGGUAAUAGGGGUUGCGACAAUGGUGGCGGAUAGUUUCAGAAGAGGGUCCAGAUUGUCAAGACCAGCGGAUUUGUACGGGUCCAGGUUUUGCAGCUCUUUCAGAACAUCUGCUAUCUGGAUUUGGGUAAAGGAGAAGCUGGGGAGGC